AUGGCUACCGUGCUCCUAAACUCCGGGUCAGAUGUGAAGCGACCUUUGCCGAUCGUGGACAACACCGGCAAGACCAUCGUGUACUCGAUGCUGCGGAUAAAGCUUUGGUCCCCGGAAGGCAGGCUUCCGGAUCUCGCCGCAAUUUCCUGGCUCAUACGCAACGGGCAAGAUGUGGAUCUACCCGACAGUGCUGGAUUGUCGCCACUCCACUGGGCGGUGCACCUGGGCGUCCCUGAUAUUGUGCGUGAAAUGAUGGAACACAAUGCAGCAACAAAUCAUCUUGAUCCAUGCGGAGACACGCCUAUUCUUCAGGCGAUCGAAAAAGGCCAUCUAGGCCUAGUUCGUACCCUUGCAACGGAUAGAGGAACGCUUAAUAUUGCCAGCAGCGGACAAGGCGAUCGACCGCUUCAUCGAGCAGUGAAGCAAAAAAAACUCUCCAUUGCUAACGUCCUGCUCAGUGCCGGGGCCGACCCUAAUAUGAAAGACGCAUCCGGGUAUACCGCACUACAAUAUGCGCUUCAAAAUAAUGAUGAAGAC